AUAAAGAUAUUUUCUAAACUAUUUUUAAGAUACGAGUGUUUUAAAAAAUUUAAUACGGAAUGUUUAGAACACGAGAUUAUGCUUAUGAGAGAGUGGCUCGGGAAUGGGCUUCGAAAUGGAUCGAAUGGGUUACGAAAAUAGCUUAUUUUUUUAAACUCAAGCCUAGUCCGGAUGACAUGACAUUUUGGUUGGUUCACAAUAUUUUAGCCCAUGUGGCAGAGUUUAGAAAUGAGGGAUUUAGUCCUUUUUAUAUAGUAGGAUUCUCUAACCUAACUUAGGGUUUUUAGAAUGGCGUCAAAGGACAAGAUGAUUUGGACGGCUAGCGGAGAGAACAUGAUCGCUUCCAACAUAGCAACGAAGAUGGAAGCUAUUCCGCCAGCGGCAAAGCAUAUGGUCGAGCUUUUAAGAUCCCAGGAUUCGGCUGCCAGAGAAUAUUGGACAAGGACGGUGGUGGUCGCUAUUGGCGGUGCACUUCUCAAGCAGUGCGUAAUGCUUCUCAUUAGCGGGAUCGACGCUAGUGUAAUUUCAGAUGCGCUUCACAAGACUGCCGCUAAGGCCGUUGAGAUCUUGAACGCCAUGGCUGUUAACGGAGGUGGUGCUCCAGUGAUUGAGCUUUCAAGACAGCUUAGUGCGUGGGCCAAGGUUCUCCAUGGGAUGGAAAGCAACUGUGUCAAGUCAUUCGUUGAAGCCCUCGAGGCUAUCCCUUACACUAUUGACAUUGUGACUGAACUCAGGAACAAGCAUGCUCAAGGUCACAUCACUAAUAUCUUGGAGGAGAACGUGGUUCAGCCCCUUCUUGUUAGCGCCAGCGGGAUCACUUUCGCAAUUGAAGUCAUAACAAAAGUUUUGAAUAAAUUAAAUGCUAGAAACAGCAGCUGAUACUGUCUCAACAUUGGCUAACAUUAUGUUAUGGUAUUUUGCAUGUUUCUGUGGAAUUGAAAUUUUUGUCCAAAUUUAAUUAGCUACGGUUUUAUAUUAUUAGAUGUUAAAUUGGCAUAUGAUAAAAAGUUGAACUGGUAUUUCUAGAUUAAGCUAACUAUAGUUUUAUAUAUUUCUAAGUAAAUUGAAAAAAAAAUAAGAAAGGUAUUAAAAUCCGUAAGCUGAUCAAGUGUAUGUUAGGAGGUCAUUAAUUUCUCUCAGAAUCCUUUUAUAUUCAUAUGUUGUUCUGUUUUUAUCCACUCCAAUAAGCAACACCAACCGAAAUGAAAUCAACUUCCGAAUCAGUUUACCCUUUCCACGAGCAUAUGAAGUACUUGAAUCCACAGCAUCACUGGUACUCUCUGACGACCCUAAAAGAAUCCAAAUCAAAUUAAAUUGACUAUGUUUUAUAAAAUUGUUGUUUGGUUAAUUGUACUUGGUAGGAGUUGUGAUCAUGAAGAUCUGGUUUCCAUUUUAAUGCACAAGUUCAAAAUAAUGUUCUGACUUGUCAGUGUUUCUAUGUUUAUUCGUUUAUCAUAAAAUACGGAGUAACAUAGGUGUCUUUUACCACUUUAUUCCUAAUAGAAGACUUUGAAACAAAGAAACUACAAAGAUCAUUACAAACAGACACAAAAGUGAACUAUAAUUUUUCAUGAUUUAUCCAUUGAAUAUAUGACUAGCCUGUAACGUCAUCAGUCCUUUGUCAUUUGUCGUUUUUGCCUCAUCAGUCCUUCUGCACUCUGUGUCUUACUAGCUGCUCGGUGAUGCUGAUGAGACUCUUUCUCUAUGUUUUAUGAAUCUCUCUCUAUAGUCUUGGCAUCAUUCUCCCCCUCGUUGUUCCAUACAGUAGAGUCUGCCGCCGUAAGCUUCUUGUGUCACCGGCUACAUCUGCGAAAUAUUUUGUAGCUGGUGCUGAUGUUGCUCGUACAUAUCACUCUCUCUUUCUUCUGAUCUUUCUCCAUUCUCACUUGCUCUUGAAGUUGUUAACACCGAGUGGUGUUGAUCUAUUUGUAGUGAAAAGUAGUUUUUCAGACACGUAUACUUUCAUACAUCGUGUCAUUGUCACAAGCCAACAUAGGUAAAGAAAAAAGAGCCUACCAAUUACUAAAGCAUGAUAUUCUAACCAUUCUUCUGGAACACUAUACGAUGGUUGUGGUGUUAUCUAUAAAACAUUCAAAUCCACUAAAGUAUAUAAUUUUUAAUAUUCAUCAAACAAGAACUAAACCUUUGAACAAACUUUGAACUAAAUUGUUUUUUGUUUUAAGAUAAACUUGUGUAUAUAUAUAGCAUAAAUCUAGGAUGAGAAAGUAUGUGAAUGAUAAUUAUAAUAUUUGUUGUAUAUUAGAGUAACAUGGAACACACAGCAUAAAACAUUGAUCACAAUUACAGAAUAACAUCGAGAUUACAUUCAAAAUUUAAGUCAAUGGACAUUUGUCAAACCUAACUUGUUCUUCAUCACUAUUAUCCAAGUUCAUCAUUCAGAAUGUUUCAAUCAAAAUAUGAAACAAUAUGAAUAUAAGGAAGAGCAACUUCCUAUCGAUGGACCAUGUGUUGAGAAGGCAGAUCAUGUGUUUAAACCGGUUCAAUUUUAAAUUGUAUUGGAUGUAAUUUGUUGCACAACUUCAUCGUGAAUACCUACACAUCACAAAUUUACAUGAUCUUUAAGAUGUAGUAUGGUAUUAAGAAUCAAAGAACAUCAAACAUAUUAAAGAACAUAGAGAGUUUCAAGAACUAAUCAGGAUCAACAAUCAAAAGCAUGAAAACUAAACAAAAAGUUUGACUAGUAUAGACAAUUUAAAAUUAAACCAAAAGGUUACUAAAAGUAAACAUCUUCAACAAUAAGAGAAAAAUACAAUGUUUAGAUUACCUACAUUUUGGAAUUGGCUAUUCGUGGCCGACUUCCAGCUAAUUAAAAAGAUACUUCAGCAUUGAAUUAAUCAUGAAAACUCUUAUUUUUUAAUCAUGAAAACUUUUUUCUUGAUAAUCUAACGAUUAUUCACACUUUUGAACUGAACAUGAAAUAAAAAUAGAUUUAAAUCAGAUUGGAUUUUUUUGGUAUUAAUUAGCUGUUUUCACAUCAACACAAUAAUAGUACAAGGUUCUCUCCAGAGCAUGACACAUCAGAUUUUUAAAUCACUAUAGGAGUGACAUGCUAUUAACUGAAAAAAGUUGAACGUCCAAUGAAAACAUUUUAUUAAUACACAUCUGUUUUGUUAUCGACACAUCACAUGAGUAAUAUUUCUAAAUUAAAAAGCCUAAUGCCUGUUGGAUUUUGACAUUCUUUUCUCUCUACGAAUGUGCAUCAGGGUGAAGGAAAUAAUGGAAACUCAAGGGUAUAUACAGGGAAGAUGCAGAGAUGCGAUUAUGGUGGUGGCGAUCUAAGGGUUUUGGGAAGGCCUUGUUAUGCACUUCUUGGAGGAUUCAUCUCUGCAUCUUAUCUGAAAAGCCAAUUUACUCGGUGAAUUCAUUUCUCCUCUGAUUCUAGAAAAUUUUGGGCAAAAGGCACAUUACGAGGAUCACACAAAUGGGACUCAAUACAAAGAGGAACACAAAUCAAGUUUAGGUGAAAAAAACGUCAAGUUCAGGUGAAAAUCCCAGAACUUUAUGAUAUAAUAAUGUGGGUAAUUCGAUCUAACAUUGUUAUGUAUGUUUCAGGGAAGCCAAAAAAAACUGUGGAAGAGUAUCCAAGAGUGGCAAGCAGUUAACAAAUGUGUUUGAAUUGAACCUUUGAUUAAACACACAAGGAGAAGGUGAAAUCAAGAGAGAAUUUGAAAGUCUAAGUUACAAAAAAAAAAAAAUCAAGAGAGAAGAAGAAGUGGAAGCAACGAAACUUUCCACACAAGAAAAGAAGAAUGAAGAAGUGACCAAGGAGUCACUUAGAAGAAGAACAACGAACUGUAGCAGAGAAGAAGCUAUAAAGAAGAAAGAAGAAGAUGAAGAAGAAGAGACUUGGCGUGCAAGAAACGGAGGAGCUAGAAGUAGACCAACGUGGACAACAUAAAGUCAAAGUAAGUUACAACAAGAAGAAUAAGAGUAUUAGUUUCGUUAAGCCAACAAAGAAGAGUGAAGUGUUGGUUUAAGUCUAUCUAGAUAGAGUUGUUAGUAGAUGUAAGGUGUGUGUAGUAGUAGUUAGUGAGAAAACUACUACAAGAAUGUGUUUGUGUUGAUGUAAGAAAAUAAUCCAAUUCUAAAAAGAAAAAUAGUUGGAGAAAGAACAAUGUAGACAAUUAAAGAUAGACUCUCUUCUCUCUCUACAAGAACAAAGACAAACCUGAGAGAUUAAAGGGAGUGUGAGUGUGUGCUUAUGUGAUGAUACACAAGUAGAAAAAAAGAGAGUGAGUGAACAAAAACAGAGUGAGAAAGAGAAGAGCUGGCCAUGUGUGAGUGAAGAGGCCAAGCCAAAAUCACAACAAAAUGUAGGACAGAAGUUGAAUGAAAUAUGAAGAUCGUGAAGGUAAAAAUUACAACAAUAAGACUACUCUGUUUUCAGUGUGAAGCUCAUGUAUGAUUGAUCACAUUUAGAGGGUUUAGAGGCUCUACUUGAUGCCAUGUUCUCUCCUUGCUCUAUCACUUUAAAUUUAAAAACCAAAUAGAUGAGACGUUCUUGUCUACAAUUUUUAUAAGAAUAUGAUUAGAACAUUAUAGUAUGCUCGGGCAAUUGAAGUGAAGAAAACAAACAAUGCCAAAAAUCAAGAAUGUUGUUAACAGACUAAAACAAUCUACAAACAAAAAAACAGUUUUUUUUUCAUUCCAUUCAUUAAGAUAAAUAUGCACAUAUAAAUUUUUAAAAACUAAUCAAACCUAAAAAAAGUAGGAGACAAAUAUCAUCAAAGAAAACAAAACGAGGAAUGAGCUUAGUGAUCGGGUGUAGGGGAAGAGAGAAGACAAAAAUGGAACAGUGGAAUAAAUCAAAUAGGUUAAGAGAACAAUGGUUACUGAAUCAAUAUAUUUUUUACAAGGGGUGAUGAUUACGAACAAUGUGGAGGCUAGCAUAACAAAAAUCAAGAAGAUGUCAGCAUCAAAACCAACAUAUUUGUAAAGUUAUGUUGCUUAUAUGUAACAUAGUUCCUUAUAAGUUCUCGUGGGUUUGAAGAUUGUAGACUACCAACGAAUCAUUAUGAGGAUAGCCUUAUCGGAAUGUUUACGGAGGCAGCAAAUACCCAAGUAAACGUGAAACUAUUUUAAAAUUUCUUAACAAUAAACAAUUUUUUUGGUAGCUUCCUUACUUAUCUUUGGAUAUGAUCUUAUGAAUUCAUGAUAUUGGUGAGUUUUGCUAUAAUUUCGUGUAGUAGGAAUGGUCGUUGAGAAAGAGAAGGGUGGACGAUGGUAGUGACAUAUUUUGUAAUGAACAACCUCUUUAAAUGGUGUGACUUAUGUGGUUUGAUGAAAAAUGAGUGUGUAUUGUACCCAUACAAAGUUAUAGAAUGAUAUACGAUAAUGGUGUGACUACACAUUUAAAGUUAUGAAACAAGCAGAGAAACAAGGUCAAACAUUAAAAUAUCAUUUACAAAGGGAUCUUAAACAAUCUCCAAUACAAAAAGACUGGAAUUUUCAUUCCAUUUAUUAACAAAACAAAAUAUGCACAUUUGAAUUCCUAAAAACUAACCAAACAAAAUAUAAUAGUUAAAUAAAUCAGCCAUGUCAAAAACUGUAGAACCCUUAUCUUCUUUCUGUUACUUAAUAAUAAUAAAAUUAGAGAAUGAUUUUAAAGCUAAAGAGAAGAAUAAAAAAGUAUUCUUUUAGAAAAUGUUCUCGAAUGUUACCUUUUUAAAGUUACCGAAAUCUAACAAAAUCAAUGUCAAAAUAAACAAUAAAAUGACCAUAAAAAUCACAUCAAAUUUAUCAAUGACUAUACAAUGAUAUUUAUCAUUCUAAUAAAUCACAUCAAAUUUCAUCAAUUCAUUCUCUAAUAUUUUAGUAUUUAACAUAAAAUGACGAUAAAAAUGUAAAAAUAUACAAUAGUAAAUAUCAGAAUAAAAA